AUGGCCGAGGUAGCGAAGACGGUAGCUCGCCAAUUGCCCGGCUUCAAGCUGGGACAGAAGCAGAUUUUCCUGCCCAACCAUGUAAUCACCUUUCUUCGAAAAGAGCAUCUCCCACCAAACGAGGCCACCUUCCAAGUCCCUCUGCGAUUCACAAAAUUCGAUCUUCGAGAUUAUCUCUGGAAUUUAUACGAUGUCGAGGUCACAAAGGUCCGAUCUUAUGUCAAGCAGCAGCCCUUGACCCAACGCAACUCGCACUCGCGCUCAUGGUACCGCCCUAAGCCCCUCAAAGUUAUGACCGUCGAACUGGCAAAGCCUUUCCAAUGGCCCGAGCUUCCCGAGGAUACUUCGCCAUGGAGCAACCAGCUGUGGAAGAUGCGUGAGGAGAUGUUGGAGAAGCGAAAUGAACAGCACAUUCAGCAGCAGCGAUUCAAGAUUCCCCUCAAGAGCAAGGAGCCUAUGUCCAAGGAGAGACAGGAGCUAUCCGAUUUGGCAAAGAAGCUAGUGUCAGGAGAGGAGAAAUGGACCAACGAUGUUAUUCUGGAUCCUAAAUGGGAGAAGAUUCUGGGCAAUGGGGAAAAGGCGAAGAAGGUUACGACCGAGGCAUAG